CGCGUCUGUUUGACCUUCUCCGAGCCCUGGAUGUGUCAUAUUUUUGCAUGAGUAGCUCGCAAACUGCUCCAUUUGUGAAUCUCUCCCUCUCUCUUUCUCUUUCUCCCUGGAGGUGGGGGCAGAGAGGUAUUAGCUGUGCGCCGCAGACAUCAUUAGGAGGGGAGACGCUUUCCACCGUCAGCGCCGGAGCGGAGCGGAGCAGAGCAGGGGAGCCCUGGCAACAAGAAGACACACAAACUCAGCAGCCCGUUACACCCCGCAGGAAUGUUGGCUGUAGCUGCGGACAGACAAAACUGAAAGGACACUGAGACAUCUGAGACUCUUCUCCUCCACUCCUGGAAAGACUCAGUCCUCACAUCAGUCAAUGUAAAGCUCUGGACGAUUGUCAGCUCCCAGCUGAGCAGGACGCUCCACCUUCUCCGCCCACAUAGCUCUGACUCCUCUGCUCAGGGAGUGCUGAGUCCCUCAGUCCACGUUCCUCAUUGUGGGAUAUAGUCUGGAAACCUCUCCAUGGCCUUGGCUGCCUGCUGACAAACCAGGAAGUCUGGAGCAGUUGUGGUGAAUGAGGCUUUCGCUCUGUGUGGGAAGACUUUCUUUUGGAGGGAAAUGAUUCCACAUGAAGUACAACGUACUCGGCCCCCCAUCAUCCUCUGCAGCAGCAGCAGGCGUAACGUUGUGACGCUCUCCCAUACCAGACUGGGCUCAGCCCUCGGCCACUAAAGAUUCCUGGACAGAUCCGGCCGCCCCACUCCUCCCAUUAACCAACCUUCCAUAUCUCCAUUUCCAAUCCUAAUUUCAGUGAAACAAAAUGUUUGUCAGCUGUUUGGAGUAAAAUGGAGGCAGGUUUUUAAAGGUUUAUUUGCAAUUGGUCUGAAAAAGGAAUUAAGCAUUAAAAGCAAAAAGAAAGGAUUGAAGGAAAGUGACAAGGACAGUCAGAGUGAAAGUUCAAAACAAGAAAGGAAAUUGUAUUGGAUCAAUUUUAAAGAAAGAAUACAGCAAGUACAGUUGAGAGUACAAAGACGUGAAGUGAAAUCAGCAUGAAGUCCAACCAGGAACGCAGCAACGAAUGUCUGCCCCCAAAAAAGAGGGGCACAUCAAGUACAUUACCACCUGAAAGUCGCUCUCCGGCUAUACCACCUGUUCAUGACAGGCCAGAGAACACAGCCUGCUAUGUUAGUGCAGCUGGUGGAAAUGAAAGCAAUAUUACUGCACAUCAUAGCUCCAACAAAACUGAUGGGCCCCAGUAUAAAUCCCCCUCCACCUUAUCAGACUCUUCCACCUCCUCUUCCUCUUUGAGGCUAGUAUCAUCUCUCCCCACAGUGUACACAUCCCCCCUAUCUCAAUCUACAAUUGGAGGAACAGUCCAUUAUACACAACUGCCUCCCAAUAUGCAGUUCAUCGCUUCAUCGUACACUACUCCAUAUACAAGCUACAUUUCUCCUCAGAUACUCCCACCCCCUCUCCCCCCUUCCCCUCUCUCCUCCUCUUCAGCCACACAGAGACCAUCAUACACAGAGUCGUCACCUGCUCAGACGCUGGUCACCAAACAGGAGCAGCAUCGAGCGUCCUUGGGACGUACCUCCAUGCCUCCUCCUUCUACGGACCCUUUUCCCCAUCAUAUUCAAAUGUCAACGUCACCAAGGACUGUGUCAUCACCUCAUCACCAAGGAGGCACUCACCUACUGUCCCAGUCCAUGCAUCACCACCAAUCAUUGGGGAAAUAUACAGAUGGCUAUAGCAGAAAGGAGGAAGGAACCAGACCCAGAGAGCUCCAUAAUGGGGAGCUAGAAAGGGGUAGGAGAUUUGGACCCCCACCAGAGCCUGGCCUCUUAAAGUCAGGAGGUAAAUCAAGGGAGGACAGGUCCUCCUUGUCUUCCUUUGAGGCUCGUCAUCUGGUUUUGCCGUCAGACUACUCUACUCAUGAUCACCUAGGGUUAAGAACCUCUGUCAUGUUAAUACCUAAUAGCCAUGGGGACCACCAGUUGGUACCACCCAGAGCCAGCCCUGAGAAACUGACAGCUUCUACGCCCACACACAUGGAGAAAGGCAGCAUGGGUAAGCCUGUCAGUCGCCCACCCUCAUCAUCCAACACCACCUGCUCUUUCACAUUUCCACCUCCACUAAGUGCAGACAGUCUGAAAGCGGCUGUCAGCACACUGCCGCCCCAGACUGUUAUCCAGACCACCCACAAUGCUUCAGAGCAACUGUCAAUGGGACUCCCUUCGACAAGCAUCUACCCACAGCAACCUCUUAUUGGUUACAUUACAGGGCCCAGUGGGAGCAGCUACCAUACCGGCCUACAGCAACACUUGCUCAUUCCAGGCACCCAACCAGUCAUCAUCCCUGUUAGCGGAGGUGGGGUCCCCACACUAGAGCCUGUAACCUCCCACAUUACUUCAUCAACUCAAGCUGCACCUUUUCCUGCUACACUCCCUCACACAUACAUCGCUGCCACUGCCCCAAAAGGAGAAACUGUGGAAACCCAAAGUGGCACGUUCCACGUGGCUGCUCCAGGUGCAGUGGUUCAAGCCCAGCUUCAUCUCCCCAUUGUUCCUGCUCCACCAGGGCUAGUUGCAGCUUCCACUCCUCCAGCUCAUUCAAGUACAGUGGUGUCCCCCUCACUCCCGCCAUAUUUUAUCAAGGGUUCCAUCAUCCAGCUGGCAGACGGCGAGCUGAAACGCGUGGAGGACCUAAAGACAGAGGACUUCAUCCAGAGUGCAGAGAUUAGCAGCGAGUUGAAGAUCGAUUCAUCCACAGUGGAGCGUAUAGAAGGGAGCCACACCUCACCUAACUUUGCUGUUGUUCAGUUCUCUGUUGGUGAGCAUCGCACACAGGUGAGUGUGGAGGUGUUGCUUGAGUACCCCUUCUUCGUGUUUGGCCAAGGAUGGUCUUCAUGUUGUCCAGACCGAACCACUCAGCUUCUGGAGCUGCCUUGUACAAAGCUUUCUGUGGGUGAUGUUUGUAUUUCACUUACUCUCAAAAACCUGAAGAACGGGUCUCUGAAGAAGACACAAUCUCCAGAACCAGAAAACAAUGCUUCAGUCCCUCACUCUUGCCACGGGCACCUUAAACCCCCCAGAGCCAUCUCAGAAGCAUCCCAGAGCUGCAGUGUGGGAAAUUCCAGACACAGAGAGCGCGAGAACGGGAUCAGCCAGCGGGGGAGCGGUGAAAGCGGGAGUGGGAGUGGAGGAGACUCCAGAGUGGAAAAUGGAGAUCUCACAUUUGGGGAAAGAGGAUCUGUUUCCAAAGAUCAGGUUGCCAGGAGCACAGACUCCAGCUCCAGUAAGCCGUCGGGCAGCAGAAAGCGGAGGUGGUCUGCCCCUGAGGGUCGAAAAGUAGAAAAAUCAGAAGAGGAGCCCCCUUUGACCUUGCCCAAACCUUCCUUCAUUCCUUACGACGUGAAAGUCAGCAUUGAGGGAAGGUCAAAUAUUGGCAAGUAAAAGGAAAGCAGGACUGUUAAAACAUUUGGGAUUACAAAAGAAACAAAACAGGAUUCUUCAGAAAAAGGAAUGCCCACAUUACUAUUUCAUUUGUUUAUUUUAUUUUUUCUAUCUUGAAUACUGUACUGUAGAGGUAACUGUACUCUACGGCGUAUCACCUUACAUAUUAUCAUAUGAGCAAUCGGUGCCGUUGUUGGUGAUAUUUUCAUGAGAUUCUGUAUGCUGAGGGAUUGGGGAGGAGUGCUGAACUUUGUUAUUGGUGGCUCUGUGACGCACUGGCACCAUGCUUGAUGGUUCUGCCCAGCCACAGACACUUUACACAAUAUGUAAAUUUCAAGCUGAUGCAAGCUCUCUUGGUUUUUUUGACAGCAAUUUCCUUCCGUGGGCACUUGUACCGAGACUGCCUGGACAAAAACACGUCAACCACCGACACUUGCCAAGUUAGCAGUAAAACAUCAGCUGAUUUUAAAGAUUAGGGAUUUGUAGCUAAUUCCUGAAUGUAAUUGUCAAAAGUAAUUGGUAUUUGGUACAAUUUAUAUCCAUCUUUUUUCUAUAAAUGCAUCAGAACAAAUCACGCAGGAGUCACCGAGUAGAGCCAGUGCGUCACGUAGUAGAGAGGGAACAACACUUACUCUGCUUACUUUAUUGAUAGCAGAGUCUUUACUUUUAUCUGUAGCAUUUUCAUCUUAAUGUUUUAAUUUUGUUAACCUCUCAUCUUUUAUCUCACAAGAUAGUUGCUUUAAAUGAUUGUCAAAAAAACUAAAUCAGGGGUCAUUUAUUCCUUGAUUGAACCCUAGUUGGGUCAUUGUUGGUGUAUAAAUGUGAUACCCUAACCUGAUACAUACAAGUGCAAAACACACUGUGUUGGUGAGCAUUGCUUUAAGAAAAGAUGAUUGUGUACAAUCCUAAUUGUAUUUGAUAAAUUGCUUUGUAUUUUUGUCUGUUUAGAAGAGCUGAGUGAGAGGAACAAAGAGAGUUUUGCAUGUGAGCUCUGAGAGGGUCGGGAUGUUUCAAAUCACUCUAAACACCUGUCACACUCACCCUACAGCAAGCAGACUUUAGUUGUAUCUUUAUUCACACAGUACUGUAUGUUUUUAGAUAUUUUUUUAUUAUUUGGAGAAAAGUAGAAAGUAGCAGCAGCACUUUGGAGAGGAGAAGCAUUUGGAAAAGCAACAGGGAGCUGAUGUGCCAUGGAAUCAUAAAGCAGUGGAUGAAUGUGACAGGUAUAGAAGAAAUUCUAGGUCAGACAUGGAUUAAACUGGUGGUGUAUUGAUGACAUUAAGUACAAAUAUAGUGAUUUACGGUGCCUUGCAAAAGUUUUGUUAUGUUUUUUUGCAUUUUGUCACAUCACAACCACAAACGUCAAUGUACUUUUGGGGGGUAUUUUAUGUAAUAGAUCAGCACACAAGAGUGCUUAAUUGUAAAGUUGGAGUAGGUCAAUCCCAGUUGUUUUUACUAAUAAAAAUCGGAACAAUUUGUGAUGUAAUCUUUUAUAUACAGCAUAUUUUGAACGGAAUGUAAGUGUAAAAUGUCUGGUGUUCUUCCAGCUUGAUUAUGUAUUUUGUUCCAUACACUGUCUAAUAAACUCUGAUCAGCUUCCCUCACCCUGCUGAAGAAAGGCAUCCUUGCAGCAUCAUGUUGCCACCACUAUGUUUCACAGUUUGAAUGAUAUGUUUAGUGUGAUGUGCACAGCGUUUUGCAAGGAGGCCAAAAAUGUUUUGGUGCUAUCUCACGAGAGCACCUUCUUUCACCUGUUUGCUGUGUCCCCAUAGUUCACUGCAAAUUUUUAAAAAGGACUUUGAAUACCAUUCUUUCUACAGUGACUUCCUUUUUGCCACUUUCAUACAGGUGAGGUUUAUGGAUUGAAAUUUGCAUUUUUACACAGUAAAAUCCACCUAUGUGUGAUUUACUAGUUAAUUAACAAAUGAAACUUGCACUGGGUUUUAUUUUUUGUCAUCACAAAGAGGGUGUUGAAUGCAAACCACACUUCACUCUUUACAAUUAUGUGCUACUUUGUCUAUCACUUGAAUGCAAGGCAGUGUGUGGUUUAAUGUGACAAAAUGUGUAAAAAUAACUAUGUGGAUUCUUUUGCAAGGUACCAUGCACAAUAGUAGACAAGUAUUGGAAUGUGUUUUCAUAGUUUGGGCUGUGGGAUAAAGGUGAACAGAAAAAAACCCAGCUUUUUAAAAUCCCAGUGAUGUUCUGUGCUAAAACAACAGCUUAUAACUCACACCACAUCAUUUUGAAGGUCACCAUGUAUUUUGUAACGUAUGUGUGUGUGUAUGAUGCUGGUCUGUGUCUCUCCAUACACCCACACGCAGACAAAAAAACAGUACAGACCAUCCCUGAAAUCAUUGACCUUUGAUAUGUACUGUAUUUGUCAAUACAUUUUUAGAUUUCUGCAGGUGCAAGCAUACUUGGUGCACGGUGUCCCUACCGCAAAGACACCGGUGGACUGACAUUGGACUGGUGCACAGCGCUAGCAGUACUGUCAUACUGAAAGUGCUUUGUGGUGUGUUUGUGUAUGGAUGGGAAUUUAGGAGUGUGUGUGUGUGUGUGUUUGCGUGUACAUGUGCAUUGUGCAUAGGAAAUAGGUAGUUAUUAGAUAUAUAUUUAGGAAAUGCUUAAUGUCCAGUGUUUCUACUUGGAGUCUUUACUUACGAGAAUCUUGCAAUUUGCACAUCAGGAGGAGAGAGUUAGGUGGAGACAUGAUUUUCAGCGCCCCUGUCCUGAAACAAACUCUAGACCACAUAAAAGACACUGGAGGAAACCAGGGUUUUGUUUUUUUCUGUUCCACAAUAGGCACUUCGCCACAUUUAGAGCACAUGCUUCUACAUCAGCUCUUUAAAUGUCAGUUACAAAAAUGUAUUUAAACACAGAGCAGAAUUUAAAUGUGCCUGCCUACUGAAUUUAUUCAAAGACGGAAUAUUUCCUAGUGUCUCUCAAGGAGAUUAUUUGCCCACGGUUGAGCCCUUCGUGAUGGAGAUGGAACGUCUCAAAACAGCUGAAAGCCAUUAUCACUAAGAUGUAGCGGUUACCUCAGCAAAUGUGCUUGCCUGGUGGUUCAUAUUGAUGAAUUUUUAAAUCAGUGAUGUUAAAGGUUCAACACCCUUACACACUGGUUCUUGCAUAUAAAAGUCAUUGCAACAUUGAUUGUUUUGAAACAUAUAUAAUAAAGGAAAUUAGUUUUAAAAUUUUCUUUGUGUAAGACCCUUUAUACCAGAUUAAGACCAUACCAUAUUAAAAUCAGCCAGGAUGUUGAUAAUUAUUGAAGGAUUUUCUUUGAUGCUUUAAGACGACAAUGUGCAAACUAUUAUGGGUAAAGUAGCAUGAGAGUUACUCAAACGAUUUAAGCACAUUUUUGUGAUGUGGGUCCUCAGUGAAGAUGCUUUAGUUAGCAUUGGGAGUAGCUAAUCAAUGGCACAAUUCCAUCGGUUUUGCCCAUUAGUGAUUUUAAGGUUGAGUGGCCUGAUGCUAGGGCUACAACCUUAUUAUGCCCACAUUAGACAGUUAAUAAUCAAAACUGUUUGUUCUUAAGCCUUAGGAACUGCAUCUUCUAGAGCUUAAACAAGCAACCCACCAUCCCAAUAAAUAAAUGAUUUGCAAAGGCCAAGCAGGUAUGUCCUCAGCUCCCUGUGGAAUAGCACACACACCUCCAAAUUGUGAGACCGUAAACAAAGUUUUUCAAGCUGCAGUUCAAAUGUUAAUUUCCAAGCUGGUAAAAGAGAUGGUCUUAAUCUGUAAUGAAGGGGACCAGACCAUAUUUCACCAUGCGAUGAAUUCUUCUGCAAGCAUAUCUGUUAUGCAUAACUGCUUCAGUUCAGCUUUCAUAUCCCAUCUCUUAAGUCAUGGCUUAUUGACAUUUAUCCCACAGGUUGUAGUUAACCUCUAAGGGGCAAUGGUGUUUCAUGUGGUGAGUGUUUGUUGGGUUGAUGGCAGGAUGCAUGUGUGUUGAGAUGGGCGGAUCAGUCAAUGAAACAAGAUGGUAAAGGGGAGUUAACAAGAAGACCCCAAAUGAGAUUUGAAAAUGCUUUAUUUUUUUAUAAUAAAACAGGGUUUUCAGAUCAACAUCACCAUAGUAGUGCUCUUUUAUUUCUUUCCUCUCCUUCAGAAACCUAUUCAAGAGAAAUAGAAAGAGAAGUAUGUGUUCCUGUGUGCAUGUGUUUUACAAAUGUAUGUUUCUUGUUUUGUCUAUUCCCUCUUACCAAAAAGCAAGGAAAAUCAACAUUAAAGCAAACCUUACCCCCAAUCCAAUCAUCCAAACUUUUGUAUUCAAAUAGGUUACACAUAAAAAAAUUGUAUACCAAAGUCUAAUUAACCUACUCUUGUUUUGGUUGGGUUAGGAAAGCAAUAGAAAAACCAUAUCCAGGCACUCUGCUCUCAUGAGUGGAACAGUCUCUGCAAUAACCAUUUAAUGAAAAUAUUCCUCCAGCAUACGGUCAAACAAAUGUCUGUCUAUUGUGAAAAUAUAUUUAGAUAAUUAUCCAUCGAUACAACUUGCUUCAACAAAACUUUUCCCCUUUAUAAAUUCUACUUUAAUAUCUUGAAAUUGCUGUUGCAAUACCAGUUGCUAGUUUUCAGGGAAGACUCGUAUAUAUGCAGUAAUGUAAUUUAACUCCCCCAAACCUCUUCUUUUUUCUGCUGGUCAGUCAUUAACGCUGAUGCUGAAGCUACAGGUCAGCAUACGUCACAUGCACCUGAAGCAACCAGCGCUUUUUCUCUGCCCAGCUCUGCCUCGUUGCCACGACUACAUAGUGACCUCGUUAACUUUGUUUCAGGUACCCGAUCGCAGCCAGCCAACCUCCCAGAUGCCUCCUCUUGAGGCAAAGCAAUCGUUUAACUCCGUAACAACCGUUAGCUACCUUUCAGUGUGAUCCUGUCUUCAUGUUAGCGUAAAAUGACCAUUAAAGGGUUUUUUUUAGGGGAAAAGGGGAUGGAAAGGGUUUCUGUGGAAAGGCUAUGAUCAGUCAGUAUCCUAAAGGGUAAAGUUAAAAUAAUAAGCCAAGUUUGGAGGAAGAAUUUGAAACAGUUAAUGCAGUGGCUAGUGAGAGUGAGGUCAGCUCCAAAAUGGGUUUCCAUUUCAAUGAUUUUAUAAACUUUUUAAUCAUUAUCACCUUUUACACAGAUGUUGGACAUUCACACUGAUCAUGUUCAUCUGUGGUUCCUUACUGAAAAUGUUUCUUGAGAAAUUCACAUUGCAUAACAUAAAGUGUUGAGUGUAAUUGACCAUAGAUUUUUACACUAAAUAAAUUACUCUCUCUUGCCAGGUUGGACUUAAAACGGUAUGGUUCCCAUGAAUUGCUGUGUAGUUCUUCAGAUUAGUUUUGAGAUGGCAAAAAUUCAUCAGAUUAAAUAAUGUUAUUGGGUCAUUGCAGUUGCAUAGAUCAUAUAAAAGUGGAGGCCCUCGUGCUGUUAAAAACUUUUUGUGAAAGUCUGUGGAUAAUGAUCAGGUUAUCUAGUGUUAAAUACAUAGAAAGGUGAUGCUGGUGUGUUAGUUACCAAAGGGCACAUGUCAACCUACGGCAGUGAAACACAAGAUAGAUACUCAAAUCAUGUGACAAGUAUAUAAUUAAUUUCUUUAAUCCUUAUAGGACAACUGAAAUUGAAACUGCAACUCAGUUAAAAAAAAGUAUUUCUCUGAAUCAUCAUUUGGUUUAUUUAAUGUGAUUAUGCUUGUUAAAAUAGAUCUAUUAAACUCUUCUUUUUGUGUUUUUAUCUUAACAUAAUUUGUUGAGGUAUUGCUAUUAGACCCUAUUUCAGAGUGCAUGUAUUCCAAACCUCUGUCCAUCAAACUUGGGAAAGUUAUAUACUGCUCAUAUCCUCUUCACAGAACCCCACUUAAAAAAAAAAAUCUUGCCACUAAGGUUUUUAUUUUACUGAGAAAAUUCUGUCAAUUUUAGUUAAUAACACAAGUGAGCUUGGCAUGGAGAUUUGUCAUGGAUGAAGUCGAGGGAGUCGUAAAGUUCUUGUUUUGUUUAUUGAUCUGAAGUUUGCCCAUUUUUUAAUCCUCUUUAAAUAUAUCCUAAUGUGCAAUACUUACAUUUUAUUUUCCCCUCUAUUACCGUGCCAAUUGUAUGUAGAGCAUUCAGAAAGCUUUUGUGUUCUAACCUCUCUCCAUGUGUGGCCCUUCUGCAAAACAAUAGUAAGGAGGCUUUUUUUUAAGCAAGAAACAAAUAAACCAUUUUUUUGUUUUUUUUCCUCGUUACUCUCUUUUCCCCACACCUGUGUGGCCUUCCUCUGUUUUUGUGUAUGUCUGCAUCAUGAGUCCUGCGUGUCGUUCAAACACGUACGAGUGUGUUUUAAGUGUGUGUUUGUUGUUUUCUUCUCUAAUUGACUGUGAGAUCGUAAACCCUGAACCUCAGUGGUUCAUGGUUGGACUCACAGAUAAGAAAAUAACCUCAUUGAUAGUGGGGACCACUUUUUGUAAAAAGUUGAAAAAAAAAAAAGAAAAGUAAAAAAAAAAAAAAAAAAAACAAACCAACAGAGAUGCACAUGUAAGUAUUUGUAAAAAAAAAAACAACAAAAACUUGAUAAUGUUUCAGCACUUUCUAAUCCUGGGAUGGGCUCGGUCUAACCCCUCUUUCUCAGACCGCGGCCCGUCCUAGGGAAAACAUUCAUUCAAAAAUACAUAGAGAGUGACAAUGGGGGGAAAAAAGGAGGAGUGUGAUUACUGAUGGGAAAGAGAGGUGGCUCAAGUUUUUUUUGCACAUCAGUUUUCUUUCUUCUUUGCAGUAACCUUGAGUUUGUCCCAUCUUCACUUGGCGCCGGCGCGUUCCUGGGUCCAACGGGCCUUGGCGCUAGGUGAUUCUGUGGCUUGUUUUUCCAUGAGAAAAACCUGUUUCUGUCUUUUUGUGUGUGUGUGUGAGGAACAGAAAUCUUUCCCCACCCCACAGCAUCCAAGCUGGGUCAUUAUUUGUGCUUUCAUUGUGCUCCCAUGUUUUUGAGCUCUAAUUUGGCAGAGGUGUUUGACAGCUCGGUUUGGGUCGUGCGGUGUGAAAACACUGCGUCCAAACCUUCGCUUUGUUUGCAUUAUCUUUUGGUGCAGGAGCUUUUUUGUUUUGUUUCUGGUCUCCUCGUAGCACUCAGUAUAAUGUCAGGGGACUUGGAAAAACUAUGUAGAGAAUGUGUCAUUGUUCAUUCUUACGACAAGCUUCCUCAGUUGAGGAACACUGCUUAUGUUUUUUGUUUUUUUUUUAAAAUUGGCUUCUUGCACAACUCGACAAACAAAAUGAAUGUUGGUGUGUGAGCUUUGACUUUUUUAAUAAAAAAAAGGCAUGUGUGCUCCAUGGUUUCUUGAUGUUUGUAUUUUCAUUUUUUUGCAAGAAAAAGGAUGUUUUUGGCACUUUUUUGUGUUUUAAAGUUUUAAAAGUGAAUAGAACUUUAUCAGGAUUCCUCUUUUUCCUUGUUAGUUAUGUUAGUUUUCUUUUUCUUUUCUUUUUUGUCCAUAGCGCUGGAUAACCAACUCAGGCAGAAAGAUUAAAAAAAAAAAAAAGUUUCACCCCAAUCAAUUUACAUAGUGGGCUGUUUAAUGUAUGUACAUUUAUCACAUAUAAUUUGAUAUUGCAGUUGAUUUUUGAUGAUUAACAAAUGUCAUAACUGAAAGUAAACUAUAAAUUAUUGCUCUGAUAUUCUGCGUAAAAUGCUGGAGAUGCCUUGGAUUUCUCUUCAGUGUACUAAACGUCUGCGCACAGCGACAAACUCUUAGAACUGUUUGCCUCUGACCUUCCCCACUGCCAUGGAGGGGAUGGAGGCCAUACGUCAGUCGAUUCCUUCCCCUGGUCUGAACACUCAGCCUUGAGGCUCGCCACUGGUCUGUCUAGCUAUCACUCUGCGAACCUGGUACAUCGAGUACUAAACUGAAACUCUAUACAGGCCGAUGAGGUGGGGGCAGAGACCCCUACAUCAGCACAGACAGCCUGUCCUGUGGUGGGCCACAGAAAAUCCCAGCCAACUUGUUCGUACUAUAUUGUACUCACUCAAGUCUCCGUGUGUCACCACCCUUAUCCUCUAUAGCAAAUGGAGAAAAAAAAAACCUGUUGGUGUAUGUAUUUGACAUCUGUAUAAAUGCACCUCUUUGAAAAGGAAAAGGAAACCUUGACAUAUCUGGACUAAACUGACAACUUGUGUCUUUAUUUAAGAGCGACACACUGAUACACAUAAACACUGCACUUAAA